CUUGUCUGCUUUGGCUUACAUUGCUAAUCCCUUUGCACUGUCAUAGAGGCUGCCGGUGGCAAGAUCAGCCGGCUGGUGGCUACAGGGGCAUCAAGCAGGUAAGCCCCCCUCCCUCCAUGAAAAUCUACUGGGGAGACACGAAGGCUGAAAGACCCGCAGGAGACGGGACACCGCCACCUCUCAACUGGAACGGGGGGCAAUCUUUAUCACCGAUGCCAACAUUCUCACAGGUACCAAGUUGGGGGGCGGUGGGACCAGCACGUUGCUGCCGCCACUGAGAUGCCCGCAAUUCCAUCUCUAUGGAUGUAGCACGGGGGCCCCGACGUAUCAGCAGCCGCCGCCACCAGGACGACCUCGCGCCCGAUUCUGCCCUGGAAACUAGAAGCCACUACCACCUUUCCAUGCGGCGCCUCCCCCAGGACUGCCUGAACCUGCUGGAGAUUGCGCUGGUGCUUAAUACCAUGGGAUGCAUUCAAAGCCUGAGCUGCAAGCCCAAGGUCCUGAGAGAGUCCAUCGCCGUGCUGGAUCUCAAGGCCUCCAUCGACUCCACCCCCACCACCAUCGACGAGUCGUCCAACGUGGUCCUCAGGUACAGGACGCCUCACUUCAGAGCCACGGCCCAGAUCUUAGUGCCUCCCGUUGCCUUGAAGGAGACGUGGAGGAUAGGUUGGAUCCAGGCCUGCAACCACAUGGAGUUCUACAACCAUUAUGGAGACCUGGGCAAGUCCAGUUGGGAAUUACCGGACCUCGAGUCUGGCAAAAUCACAGCCAUCAGCGAUUCCGAUGGAGUCAACUACCCCUGGUACGGCAACACGACCGAGACUUGUACCGUCACCGGCCCCACCAAACGGGAGAGUAAGUUCACCGUCAGCAUGAAUGAUAACUUCUACCCAAGCGUGACAUGGGCGGUGCCUGUUAAUGACGGCAACGUGCCAAAGCUGACGGGCAUCCACCGGGACCAAAGCUUCACCACCUGGCUAGUGGCUACCAACAUGAACACCAACGACAUUAUUAUCCUUCACACGAUAAAAUGGAGGAUGAGACUCGAAAUCGAGGUCAACCCCAACCUGCCGUUAGGGCAACGAGCCAAACUAAAGGAGCCCUUUGGGCAAGAGCAACCGCAGGUACUCACUAAAAACGAACCCUUACCUCCUAGUGCACUGGUAAAACCCAACGCAAAUGACGCCCAGGUUCUAAUGUGGAGGCCGAAGAAAAGGCAAGGAGAAGUGGUCAUACCGCCCCGGCGCCGGUAACGGAGACGGGUAGAAGAAAUGAGCUGCUAAUAGACAAAAAAAAUCAUAUUUUUUUGCUUUAUUCUAAGCUCGGGUAUCACUGUGUUAUUUUCUAGACUUGGAGGUUCUCCAGCCAUCUAGAACAUGAAGACGAACCUAGACGCUCAAGGACAAGUAGACUCUUGUAGACCAUCCGCUUAAUGUGACCCGUUGAUAGGGGGGAAUCCUACCUACUGAAUGGCCAGUCAUUGGCCCAAUCACAAUCGAGAGACCUCAAUGUCCAAGGCCUUCAAAUUUCAUACCCCGUAGAACGCGUUGAGUCUAGCUCGAUGGCUUCCUUCCAUUUUAAGGAGGAAAUCUACAAACUGGAGAUUUGGAAGUUAUUUAUGAUUUUUUUUUUUUUUUUAAUCAAAUGUACUUUUCAUGCAUUUUGCAAAAUUGCCAAAAUCUUCUUUUAUUGGUUGAUCAUUUUAAAGGGGAAGGAAACCCAAGUAUAACAUAUUGCACAAUGAAAGCAGGUAUCAGUCUAAUAUAUAUUAAGAUCUUUCCAUGAUUUUAAAGUUGUCAAAAAGGGAGUACAGGUAUGGGACCCGUUAUCCAGAAUGCUCGGGACCAAGGGUAUUCCGGAUAAGGGGUCUUUCCGUAAUUUGGAUCUUCGGACUGGACUGGCAGGACACCGGUAAAAAACUCUGUAGGCCCUUCCAAUCCAGACCCAACCUGGAGCUCCCCUGUUACCAAUGCUCCGCCGCAGCCCUCCCCUCCCCCACUCACUCAAGUAUAAGGUACAUAUGUAGGGGUAAGGGCUGACAGUUGGUGAGCGGGCAGGCAGCAGGGGCCCCUGGGGUAGCAGCCUCUGGUGGUGGGCAGUAGAAUGGGCAGAAAAUGUGUAAUUAAUGUCUAUUGGGAAGCUGCUUUCAGUUCGGGAUUCGGCAGAAUCCGUCGGAGUGGGUCCGGGGAUUCAGCCGAACCCAAAAUAGUGGGUUCGGGGGUUCAGCCGAACCCAAAAAAGUGGGUUCGGUGCAUCCCUACUUUCAUUAUGCAACAUUUAAUACUGGGUUUCCUCCCCGAUUAGGUUGUAUUUGCAGCUUUUUUUGAUUGGGGAGAGUGGCGUUUUUUUUCCCCCAAUGGGACGUGACGCUGGAAGUAGUGUCAUGUGACUGCCACGUGACACAUAUGAUAUUUUUGUUGUUGUAUUCAGCUCCAACUCAGGGACAGGUAGCCCAAUUGCACGGCUACUAAGGGUUGAAUAAAACAUUGCUGGGCAA